UUAAUGGGCUCCUUCCAAUCAGGCUGGGCGGGAAGGCGCCACCGGGGCGGGCUCCAAUCCCUUUCUCCUCAGAUAGAGAGAGGCUUCUCCUUCGUCUUCCUUCUCCCUCGUGUCUUCCUCCGGGGCGCGGCGAUGGAGCCCUGCGGCGAAGCAGCCCUCUCGGCGCGUGGGGAACUCAUCGCCGGCGGGGCCCGGGGCUUGCUGGACGACGGCUUCCGCGUCUACAUCCGAGACCCCUUCCACGCCCAGAACAACCCGGGGGGCAUUCUGAAUUUUGGAACAAGUGAGAACAAACUUUGCUUUGACCUAAUAGAGGAAAGACUUUCAAAACCUGACAUGAAUUGUCUGGAGCCUCAUUUGUUUCAGUACUUGGAUACACAAGGCCUUAAAAGUUUCAGGGAGGAAAUUGCCAAGUUUCUUACUGAAUAUGCAAAUGCUUCAACUGCUCUGGACCCAGAUCAUAUUUUUGUGAUGAAUGGUUGCUGUGCUGUCUUUGCUACUCUUUCAACUGUGUUGUGUGAUCCUGGAGAUGGCUUUCUUAUUCCUGCUCCAUAUUAUGGUGGCAUAAAUUCCAAAACUUGGCUUUAUGGUGGAAUGCAACCUGUUCAUGUGCCCUUAUUCAGUGAGGUGACUAAUGAGGAAAGUCAUCCUUUUCAAUUAACUGUUGAAAAAUUGGAAACCGCAUAUCAAAGAGCUAAGGAACAGGGCAUCCGAGUCAGAGCAUUAAUCCUGAUCAACCCUCACAAUCCAUUAGGGGACAUUUACCCAGCACAGUUGCUGAAAGAAUGUCUAGAGUUUGCGCACAGAUAUGAAUUACAUGUCAUAAUGGAUGAAAUCUACAUGCUCUCUAUAUAUGGCGACUCCACAUUCACAAGCAUCCUUAGCUUAGAGAGUUUACCAGAUCCAGACCGGACGCACUUCAUGUGGGGAUUUAGCAAGGAUUUUGGGAUGUGUGGUAUCAGAGUUGGGAUAUUAUACACCAGGAAUCACGCUGUCAGAGAAGCAGUUAAUCAGCUGGCUGUUUUCCAUGGAUGCCCUGGACCUGUACAACAUGUUCUCAGGCAAUUCCUUAGCGACAGAGAAUGGCUGGAUAAUGUGUUUUUCCCAACCAAUAGAAGAAGACUGAAGGAAGCACAGAACAUUCUUGUGAACGGUCUUGCAGAAAUAGGAAUACCUGUUCUUAAAAGUUCUGGAGGAUUGUAUGUGUGGGCUGACUUCAGAAAAUUUUUAAAGUCACAGACGUUUGAAGCUGAAAUGGAUUUGUGGAGGAAGAUUCUUGAUGGAAAGCUUCUCAUUAGUCCUGGAAAGGCCUUUUGCUGUUAUGAACCUGGAUGGUUUAGACUGGUCUUCUCAGAUACAGUAGACAAGAUCUACUUGUGUAUUCAGCGACUUCAGCAGAUGCUACUUGAUAAAACGGAUGAAAAGGUUCCCAUCAGUUCAUCUCCAAAAGAAAAUGAGUGCACUGAGUUGGGUGACAGCAUUUCAGAUAGUUAUAUAAAUACAUCAGUUGAUGAUGCCUCAGAAGGGUAUUCACACUUGAAGAAAAUAGCUGUCUUCUAGGAAUAUGAAUACAAAGACUAAGCAUGACAUGUAAACAUUCACUGUAAUUGUAUUACCUUUAUCCCUUUUUAAAUUGUUGUUUGAGAUGUGUAUGUGUGUAACCGUUACAACAAAACAUACAUAAAUGCAUACAUAGUUUUUCUUGUAACAUUGUUACACUAUGUUGACUGUUUUAGUGACUGAGACUACUAUAGUGCAUGCCCUAGUUUCUAUUCACUUCUUGGGAUAAAAUCAGCUCUGAUUCCUGAACUAUUCAUAAUUCCGUAUCUGGAAUUAAUCCCUACUGGGAGCAGGAUAGAAAAAAGGAAAGGCUCAGCAUCCUCCAUUAUUUCUUGUGUUUUAAAACUGAUUUUACCACACAAGUUGGGCAACUUUUCAAAUGUUUGGGCUAUGCCAUUAUCACACUUUUAAAUACUUGAACUUGAUUGAUAUCCAUGCCCAAUAUGAUUGUAUUCUUACGAUGAAUUAGUUGCUGAUCAGAAUGAGCAAGUGUUGGCCCACUCAGAGAAGCAACACAUACUUGCAUGUAAAUGUCAUUUUUUAAAAGAAAAUGUUGAAGCAGGGUUCAAAACACAAGCCUGAGUCUUUUGAGUGAAUGCACCAUUUUACUGUACUUUCUAAGAAAGUGUUCUGUACUGUUUUUCCAUUGUCAUGAGAUCUAUUUGUAUAUAACAUUGUUUUAUAUAUAUCAUUUUUGAACUGUU